CUCCCCAAAGUUACCAGUCCAGAGCUCAUUAGAAGAGAUAUGAAGAGUAAGGCGCCGCUCGAGUCAGUAGGCUCAUUUCGACACAACGUGCGCGCGCGGCCGACGCACGAUACCAAAGACAAUCCCGCGAAAACGAGAAAAAAAUAACUUAUUGAGUGCCAGUGUGCAGUGUGUGCGUGAUUGCGAUUAGUGUUUUUUUUUUACAAAAUGACAGCGGGAAAUGAGGAGCAGGAGCCUCUGAUACAGACUUCUGGAGAUCACCAGCGAGUCACAUACAAUACUUCGCCUACAAACAGCAACUCUCCCGAAGGCACGCCCCGCAACAGCGGCGGAGAGAUCACUCUCUCCAUCCCCACUCCCAACAAGACCUACGGGGCUAUCGGGGGCGCAGAGAAGGUGACCUACACGUGGGCCGACAUCAAUGCCUUCGCCACGGAGUCCCGGAGCCGCAGCCGCGGCUGGUGCCCCAUGUGGCGGGGCUCCAACAACCGCAUGUACCAACAGAGGAAGCAGCUGCUGAAGAAUGUAAACGGCGCGGCAUACCCUGGCGAGCUGCUAGCCAUCAUGGGGUCCUCAGGCGCGGGGAAGACCACACUCCUCAACUCACUGACCUUCAGGACUCCAGGAGGCGUGGUGGCCAGUGGAACGCGCGCGCUGAACGGCCAGCCAGCCAACCCUGACGCGCUGGCCGCGUUGUCGGCGUAUGUGCAACAGCAGGACCUGUUCAUUGGCACCCUCACUGUGAGGGAGCAUCUGGUGUUUCAGGCUUUAGUCCGAAUGGACCGCCACAUCCCGUACGCGCAGAGAAUGCGCCGAGUGCAAGAAGUCAUAUCUGAGUUGGCGCUAACAAAAUGCCAGAACACCGUGAUCGGCAUCCCCGGACGGCUGAAGGGCAUCUCUGGCGGAGAGAUGAAGAGGCUGUCCUUCGCCAGCGAGGUUCUCACCGACCCGCCGCUCAUGUUCUGUGACGAGCCCACCUCGGGACUCGACUCUUUUAUGGCGCAGAAUGUCAUACAGGUGCUGAAGGGUCUCGCGCAGAAAGGCAAGACGGUGGUGUGCACCAUCCACCAGCCGUCGUCGGAGCUGUACGCCAUGUUCGACAAGCUGCUCAUCAUGGCCGACGGCAGGGUGGCCUUCCUCGGAUCCCCCGACCAGGCUACGGAGUUCUUCAAAGAGCUAGGCGCAGCGUGCCCUCCCAACUACAACCCGGCGGACCACUUCAUUCAGCUCCUAGCGGGAACCCCCGGCCGCGAGGAGGUCACCAAGCACACCAUCGACACGGUCUGCACCGCCUUCGCCAAGUCCGAGAUCGGCUGCCGUAUCGCCGCCGAGGCGGAGAACGCGCUUAUGUAUCAGCGCAAGAUCACGUCAGGCUGGGCGGACGCGGCGUGGACGGGCACCACGGCGAUGCGCACGCGCCGGUCGCCCUACAAGGCGUCGUGGUGCGCGCAGUUCAGAGCCGUGUUGUGGAGAUCCUGGCUGUCCGUCACCAAGGAGCCCAUGCUGAUCAAAGUGCGCUUCUUGCAGACUAUUAUGGUGUCGAUCCUGAUCGGAGUGAUCUACUUCGGGCAGAACCUGGACCAGGACGGCGUCAUGAACAUCAACGGGGCCAUCUUCAUGUUCCUCACCAACAUGACCUUCCAGAACAUCUUCGCCGUCAUCAAUGUAUUCUGCUCCGAACUGCCUAUCUUCAUCCGCGAGCACCACUCGGGCAUGUACCGAGCUGACGUGUACUUCUUAUCGAAGACCCUGGCCGAGGCGCCGGUGUUCGCGACCAUCCCACUUGUCUUCACUACGAUUGCUUACUACAUGAUCGGACUGAACCCCGCGCCGGAACGGUUCUUCAUCGCGUCUGGACUGGCGGCUCUCAUCACCAAUGUUGCCACGUCAUUCGGGUACCUGAUCUCGUGUGCCAGUAGCAGCGUGAGCAUGGCGGCGUCCGUGGGGCCGCCCAUCAUCAUACCCUUCAUGCUGUUCGGAGGGUUCUUCCUCAACUCUGGAUCCGUGCCCCCCUACCUGAGCUGGAUCUCCUACUUAUCCUGGUUCCGGUACGGCAACGAGGCGCUGCUGGUGAACCAGUGGACGGGCGUGGAGCAGAUCGCGUGCACCCGGGAGAACUUCACCUGUCCGGCUUCAGGGCAGGUCGUGCUGGACACGCUUAGCUUCUCCGAGAAAGACUUCACAAUGGACGUCGUGAACAUGAUCCUCCUCUUCAUAGGGUUCAGACUACUGGCCUACAUCGCCCUGGUCCUGAGGACGCGCAGGGCCAAAUAAACCUUAUCACUUACGAAACAUGAGCUAUUUUUAUAUAACUAAGUUGUGUUGAAAAUGUUGAAAUGCUAUGAUAUCUUGCCCGUGUAAAUAGUUGCAAUGGAAAAGUAUGGAAGGUGUUUUUGGUUGAUGUAAUAGUUUUAUUUCGUUUUUAGGUUAAGAUGACGCAUAAUAAGUUGACAAAGAGAAUAGCUUUGAAUUUAUCUUAUUUUUAUAUGAACAUUCACC